AUGCCACAAGACCCAGGCGAGCUGGGCGACCAGCGCGAGCAGCUGCUGCUUGAGGACGAGACUGACCACCAGGACACCUUGUUACACCAUCUGGUGACAGAACACGGCAAAAGUGACCUGCAGGCGGCCUUUUUCAACAUGUCCAAUUCGAUCCUCGGAGCAGGCAUCGUGGGCAUACCGCGGGCGUUCCGCAACGCUGGGCUGUUGACAGGGCUGGUUUUGCUUGCACUGCUGGCCGUCGUCAACGACUGGACGCUCCGCAUGAUCAUCGUCAACACCAAGCUGUCGGGAGCGAAGACGUACACAGGCUUUGUGAGCCAUGCGUACGGCGAUUUGGGGAAAACCGCGAUCCUGCUGGCCCAGGGUCUAUUUGGGUUUGGUGGCAACGUUGGGUUUGCUGUGAUCAUUGGCGACACGAUCCCGCACGUUCUGAGAUCUGUGUUUGCGCGCCAGGUCGAAUCGUCCAGGGUGGUGGACUUCCUGCUCGCCAGAAACACGCUGAUCGUGUUCUGCAUUAUGGGCAUCUCGUUCCCGCUGUCACUGACCAAGGACAUCGGCCGGCUCGCGAAGGCCAGCGGCAUUGCACUCGUCAGCAUGUCUGUGAUCCUGCUGAUUGUGGUGUUCCGCGGCCCAGCCAUGCCAGCCGAUGUUCGUGGCCAGGUGUCUGGAACUGGCUGGUUUGUGGAGCCGGGGAUUUUCCAGAGCAUCAGCGUGAUUUCAUUCGCGCUCGUGUGCCACCACAACACCACGUUCAUCUACGACUCGAUCAAAAAGCCCACGCUCGACCGGUUCAACCGCGUGACCCAUGUCGCGUGCGCGCUCUCCGGCGUAGUGUGCGGCAUUAUGGGCGUCUCGGGCUACCUCGCAUUUGGGCCCAAGACCAAGGGUAAUGUGCUCAAUAACUUCCCCACGGACGACUGGAUCGUCAACGUUGCACGGCUCUGUUUCGGCCUCAACAUGCUCACCACGUACCCGCUCGAGCUGUACGUGGUGCGCGCAGUUGUGCGCGACCUGCUCGAAAUUUACCAUAGACACGAGAUCCCCGAAUUGUCCACGACGCAGCACCUGCUGAUCACGACCGUGCUCGCGGGCGUGCCCAUGCUCGCGGCGCUGUUCACGUGCAAUCUGGGGGCCAUUCUGGAACUUGUCGGUGCCACGUCCGCGUCGCUGCUGGCGUUCAUCCUGCCCCCGCUAUGUUUUCUUAAACUGACCAAGAUGAAGCCGCUCAGAGAGAAAAUACCCUUGUACCUGUGCAUAGCGUUUGGUCUGUGUGUCAUGGUGCUGUCGUCCACACAGACAAUACUGAGUGCGUUGCGAAACACCGACGACGACCACUGUGUCGUAUAG